CUGCGCGGAGCGGGCCGGGCCGGGUGAGGCGAGGCGAGCAUGAUGGCAGCGGCGAAGCCCGCCGAGCUCCUGGGCAUCUGCUCUAGCUACCAGGCGGUGAUGCCGCACUUGGUGUGCCUGGCCGAGGCGUUUCCGCCGCCCGUGCGCCCCGCCAAGCCGCCGGCCGCCAAGGGCAAGCAGCGGCGGCCCCGGCAGUCCCGCUUCAAGACGCAGCCGGUGACUUUCGACGAGAUCCAGGAGGUGGAGGAGGAAGGCGUGUCGCCUGUGGAGGAGGAGCGGGCCAAGAAGUCCUUCCUGCAGUCGCUGGAGUGCCUGCGGCGGAGCACCCAGAACCUCAGCCUGGUGCAGCGCGACAAGCUGGGCAGCUGCUGCAAGCUGCGGAGCAGCCUGGACUCCAGCGACUCGGACUCGGCGCUGUGACGGGCCCCGCUCGUCCGCCGCGAGACGGUGGGAGCCCGCGCUCCGGACACUGCCGGCCUCGCACGUGGCCCUUGCGAGCAGGGCGCGGGCGGCGCGGCCUCCCGGCGUCCCUCCCAGCCCUGCCCUCCUCGGAAGCUGCUCCUGGCAAAGACUAGCCCCGCUCGGCCGGGCUGGCAGGGGGGAGAUGGAGACAUUGUGAAGGCUUUUCUAUGCCAAGCAAGGCAGGGAGAGAAGCCCCUCUCUUGCCCGCCCCCCAUCCUUCACUCCCAGCCCCCCCAGUGGGAGUGGGCUGGAUUGCAGAGCACCUUGCAAGUGAGCUCAGGCUGUUUUCUAAGAAAGCGCUUUGUACAGUUGUGUUUCUCUUCCAUGGUAUGAAACCGCUCUCUUGAUUUCAACCACUCUUAUUUUCUAAAUGUUUAGAAGAAACACGAGCUAUUUGUUUUGUUUGGGGGGAGGGGGGUUGUUUUUGUUUGUUUCUUCCUUUUUGGGGUGGGGAUGAUGCCUUGAACUGCUAGACAGCCUAUUUAUUUUUGCAUUUCAACCGUGUUAAUUUAAUACGUUUCUACCUGAAUGUCUGUUAUUUCCAUACAAGAGAAAUAAAUAAAUAAAAAGCUGAUAUAUUUGCACA